UCUACGAUUCUUUUUUACCGAAAGUAAGGGGGGGGGGAGGCGGACCCCCGUCCCCCUCCCCUAGAUUCGCCACCGUAAACAACAAAGAAUUGCCUCUUGUUUUAUUACAAAUCAGAAGAUUUUGGAUGCUAAGAUAUCCAUGGUAGCAAACAGACAAAAUUCGAUUGGGCCUUUUUCCAUUUCUGAUGAUCUUUCAUUCGAGUGCUGAUCCGGUCAACAAUAGGCAAACAAUAAGCAAACAAUAACUUGACGAGAAUUAAAUUUGGAUUAAAAUUCUUAUCCCAAGCCGUCAUGCAAUGUUCUGUUUGUGAUAUGGAUAUUGACAAAACAUCCAAAUCUUUGGCAUCUCAGUUUCUUCAAUCAUUUUAACAGCACCAAAACGUUGGUCACCUUAUCUGAGGACAAGAAUUGUAAUCGAAAAUGUGCAAGUAAGAUGUUUGCGGUAUUUCAUCAAUAUCUAUAUAAUAUAUAACACUAGCGCGCAACGCAACAAAUAAGUUUCCCUAUUGAGCCACCUUAAAUAAUGAUUUUAGUUGUGCUAUAGAAUGUCUUCAAGUGUGGAACACUUCUACAGCCAAUACUGGCUAAAUUUGUUAACACUCAACCUCAAUUUAGAUUAGUACAUCGGAGAAAAUACAUCGUGUCAUGAACAGAGGAUUUCCUAUUCGUUAAGUAUUAAGAGCACGCCAUGUACAUAUUUACUUUUACAAAACAAUCAUAACAGCUGGGUGUAGGGAAAGAAAUCGCAAACUGAUCUUGCUGAGGACUCAACCUUUUGUUAGAUGCGUUAAUUAAAAAUUGCAACUCGCAAUACUACUGGUAGUCGAAGAUUGGUUUUCUGACGUGAAGUUUUUAUUUUAUCCUGUUGUAUGAUAAACAGUGCAAGCUCUAACACUGAAUACAUCCGAAAUAUAGCGGGCUGAGCGAAGCGUCACGACUGAUGAUUCCGACAGGAUGGCAAUGACUUGAAAACCGACCAAACUGGACUAAAAUCGCGAAAGAACACUAGAAACACUUUCAGCUAAGUACCAGGCCAGUUCAUGCAAACUAUCAUGCACAAUUCAACUAUUAUAAUUGCACUUUCAUUUGCUGCCAUAAUCGAGUCCUUGAUCAUCAUUGUUGGCAACAUUUUCACCAUAUUCGUUUUUUGGAAGAAUCGCAGCAGACUCAAGCGAACUUCCUUUCUCCUUAUCAACUUAACUGUUGCUGAUCUGUUUGUUGGAUUCACAGAACCAAUAGCGUCAGGACCCUUUGAUAUUGCGGGGCAUCUUGAAGAAACAAGCGUUAACAUUGCUCGCAAUACAAAUAUUUCAACCGCUUUUCAAGUAACUUUUUCUUUUACGUCAGUAUUUUUUCUCGCACUUAUAUCUCUGGAACGUGCAUAUGCUUUGAUUUGGCCUUUCCGACAUCGAGUAGCAAGUACUAAAGGUUACAUUUACAGUGCCAUUUUUGCGUGGGUAGCUGGAUUAUCUGCAGGGACAUUGGCUUUGCUGGCUGUAUACAACAUUCUGGAUUUCUUCCACUGGAUAGCUGCGUUCGGUUUUGUCUUGGUUUUGUGUUUGGUCACGAUCUGUGUGUCUUAUCUGGCAAUCCGAACAAGACUUAAUUGCAGAGUUCCUGUCAUCAAUGGCCCUCAUAACAGACAAAAUGAACAGCAACAGAACGCGAAACUCGCUAGGACUCUGUUUCUUGUGAUAACUGCAUCUCUUCUCUUUUGGGUUCCAAGCAUCGUAGUUUACUGCAUUCACUAUCGCUGUUCAAAGUGCCUUCCACUACUUGUAUUUCGCAGUUGCAACCUCUUUCGUUUGGCCAAUUCUCUCGUAAAUCCUAUCAUUUAUAGUUUUAGAAUUCCCAUGUUCAGGGAAACAUUUAAACGAGUGAAACUCUGCAAGCAGUCGAAGAAAUAUACAAUCAAUUUAUAUACGCCUUGAACUUGAUUAAAGACAGCAACUCAUCUUCUGAGGGGCACCGAAACAGACACAAGCGAGCGUUUGUCAACAUUUUGGAUUUACCGAAUUGUUUUUGAUUGAAACAUUUACAUUGCCACGCAAAAUAUUAAUUAGGUUGACCAUUUGACUCUAGGGACGGUGUGGGUGAUUCGCUAAAGGCGUGAUAUUUCUUAACCCUUUCAUGUACUAGGAAUCUUUUUUCUCGGGACCUGUAUGCAUGACACUUUUUUUUAUUUACGGCUCACUAAACGAGCGUGAAUUUUUUUUUUUCGCAGUGGUCGUGUGGAUGAUUUGUUUUACAAGUAUGCCCCCCUUAAAAGUCAUAUGUUCCACCCUCUGGCAAUCCGAAAAACGACUUAAUGGUAGAUACUCCUCAUAAAUAGAUAAAAUGGGUUGCACUAUGUAGCUAUAACACGAUACUCUCAAAAUAAAUAGAAAUAAUAUGCGAAGUGAAAAAGUGCAUUUAAUAGCAGCAACUAGGAGGUACAAGUUCAAAAUUAAUUAAAGUGCUUGACUAUUUAAGAAGAACACAUUGUUUUCAUCAGGUUUACAUAUUCCUUAGUUUGAUUACGAUUAUGUAGUUCUUCUAGUGUUUUAUUUUUUUAGUUAUGCUGAAUAAUUGCACUUCGAACUUCACGCUUGCUAGCAGCCUCGGGAAAAUCAUAAGUUACAUGACCAGCUGCAUUUGCCACCUGAGCCGAGAGGCCAGGUAGGAUAGCAGAUACAUCGGCAGCUUGAGCACCAUGAUGGACAUGCGCCAAAACAACCUUUUCCAC